AUGUGAUGUGCUUGCUGACUUCCAACAUGACUAUAGCGCAGCGAACUGAAAGCCUUUGACUGGUAGGGUGCACAUUCAUUGAUGAGCUGAAUAGAAGGCUUUUUAAACGAGGCAUAAUGGACGAGGUUCGAAAUCACGGCGCAAGGAAGAGUGGGCACGGAACUCCGAACUAAUUCCGUGCCUGAACUGCAAUGUAGCUGGGGAAAAAGUAAAGAAAUGGUUUCCAACAUCGGAACUGGAGGGGCGUCAUGGUAGCAAAAGUUGGGACUUUUUCCCGUGACCGGACUCGAGAAAGAAUAAAUAAGUAAGUCGCCAACACAAAAAUAGAUGUGGGCCUGCGCAUGUUUUCUGCGCAGGAGUCUCUUUGUCCUUAACAUGGAGCCGUGCUCAUAAAGCAAGUCGACACGAACUGUUUGUCUCCACGCACGGACGCCGAGAGCUUGUCCGUGCAAUGAAUUUGUUGGAACGGUCUCGAAUGCCGAGGACUCUGGAAAGGCAUUCCGGAGGCAGACAAAGAGCAAAUCAAACGUUGUUUCACUUUGAGGUUCUGGCUGCACACCCUCCCUCCCUCCCUCCAUUCCUUCUUUCCGCGGUCCUCUCUGUUGGUGGCUUGGCUUGUUUAGCAGGCCCUUUAGUUAUUCGCCACCAUCGAGAUUUACUGUUGCGAGUUUUCUUGGGGUUAAUGGCAGGCAAGACGGAGCAACUGUCACCUGCCCUUUGACCUGUCUGUAGAUUCGGGCAUUGGGAAGAAGAACUUUAAGGGACGAAGGAAGGAACGGGGUCGAACAAAAUGAAGGGGGAGUUAUGGGAUGGGUGAUUUUGUGCGGGAGGAUCUGACUCACAGGACGGCUGUCGGUUGAGCAGGAAGCAGAUUUGGAGAGAAUUUUGAAAUUUGGGCGUUUCGAGGCAGGGAGUGGCAUGCUUGCGUUUCUCGAUGUUGCACAUGCUCGGUGAUUUGGAGAUCUCAGGCGCAGGAAGAGGAGGAGCGGGGGAGGCCAAUUUUCUCAAAAUUUUGAAGAGAAAUGCCAAUCAACUUCAUUCUGAAGCUCUGCAUAAUUGUUUCGGAGAUCCUGUAUUUCGAAGCUCAACUUCUUAACAGAAUUCUUCGGCGAUUGAGAACUUGAGGCCAUGGGCUUUGGUCGCCCGCUUUGGUGGACACAAGCGGCUUUGUUAUCAAUCUUUCUGCUCCAGGAAAUCUCAUGUGCUUCGGCCAGAGCAUCUUCUCAGUUUCAACCUAGGAAUUUUGGGCUGCCGGGAGCCUCAGUCGACAAGCUAGAUGACGUGAAAUUGUGGAACGUGAGCGAACCCAACUUCAACUUGUACCAUCGCAGUGAUGUCCUUCUGAAAAAAGUGAAAAGCCUGGUGGAGCGGCAUCCUCAAAUUAUGUCGAUGGAAGUGCUGAAAGGGGAAAGCGAUGGUUAUAAGACUGAAAUUACUGUCGUGACGGUGGAGGCAGGUGGCAGGAAGUCGUCACACGAUCAGAAAAUGCGACUUUUACUUGACUUUGGUCAGCACGGACGGGAGCUGGUCACAUCUGAAGUUGCUUUCAGAUUGUUGCAGACUCUUGGCGGUGAACGUCCUGUAGGUGAAGUCGACCUUGGUGCCCUGAAACAAAUUCUUCCUCACACAAUUAUCAAGAUCGUACCAAUGGAGAACCUGAAUGGACGAAGGAAAGUAGAAGCUGGCGAAUUCUGCGAGAGAAAAAAUGGCCGUGGAGUAGAUAUCAACAGAAACUGGGCAGUUGACUGGGGCAAAAAGGAGAAGGAUUAUGAUCCUUCCGAGGAGUAUCCAGGACCCUCUGCCUUCAGCGAGCCCGAAACUGUCUUAGUGCGUGACCUGGCAAUGUCCUUCAAACCCCACGUAUGGGUCAAUGUUCAUUCAGGAAUGGAGGCGUUGUUCAUGCCUUACGAUCACAGAAGUACUGUGCCUACUGAUGGAGCAGGACCGAUGAAAACAUUGCUACAAACUUUGAACAGGCUGCAUUGUAUGGACAACUGCGUCGUUGGAUCAGGGGGCGGUUCUGUUGGUUAUUUAGCGCAUGGGACAGCUACCGACUACAUGUAUGAUGUUCUGAAGAUCCCUAUGGCUUUCACCUGGGAGAUUUAUGGCGACUUGAUGCAACCCGAAUACGAGUGUUUCCAAAUGUUCAAUCCAGCCUCGCCUGCGCUUCUUCAGAAAGUAAUAUCGAGGUGGUCGGAUGCUUUCUUUACACUCAUCGUGAACCUUCCAGCCGGCCUUCGCCGGCUACCAACCAGAACUCCAGCAAUACCGGUUUGGAACUGGGAAUCUUUUACUUCAUCCGGUCUGACAGAUAUUCCCGAUAAGGAGCUUAGAAGUAGAUUAACUAUAAGAGGUCAAUCUGAAGAGGCCUCUACCGGCUUAGAGUGGGGUGGUGAUAGAAGAUCAGAGUCUGCAGAUAAUGGUGAAGGAGAAAAAUUGCUCCUGGAGUUUUCUCUUCUCUUUACUGGAGUGGUACUGAUGUGGGUAUUCUCGAGGUUGUUUAGAUGCUUUUGUACCGGCAAUCAGUUUCCUUAUAGUCCUCUAGGCGAAAGAACGAAACGAGUACCUGUUUGAUAACCCAGGGCCGUCGUAGAGUUCGUUUGAUACAUCCAUUUUGAUCUGGCGCUUGUAAAUGUGAAUCGGCUCUAGUUGGCAAUUAGAUUUCCACUUUGUAUAUACGGGUUCAUGUCUUAUCGGAUGAUGCCAGCUCUCAACUCCCGUCUCGGCCACGAUAAUGGUGGAAGAAAGUGCUGGAGCGUUGUGCUGUCACAUGUAUAGUUGUUCUUUUUGUUCUGGUACACUCUUUUUCCUACUUUUCGCGAUUAGCGUUCC